UUCCCCGAAACCUCAGGGGCGACGCCAAUCCUCCAGAGGGCAUUUCCGUCAUUUGAGCCCAAUUUGAACAAAAGGGCGCGCAGUGUUAAGAUGACCUGCUCGAAGUUCCUGCAACUAAUUCCCAAUUCCAGAAAUAGCCCCAAAGAAACACCAGAAUCUCAUCUCUCUCUCUCUCUCUCUCUCUCUCUCUCUCUCUCUCUCUCUCUCUCUCUCUCUCUGUAUGAGAAAGAUCCAAGAAGGAGCUUCAGGGAGCCGGAAGAACCACGGAGCUCUAUCUCAUGUCUACCAUCUUCGAUGCCUGCAAGAAGCGCAAACGGCAGAUCAAGGCCUAUGCAUUCCAUGCGUUUGCAGACCCUGGCUGCCCAGUCGACUACUCAGGCCCGUUCCGCGACAAUAUCCGAUCAUUCCUCCGGGAAUGCGCUGAGAUUGAGGACUACAAUGUCGAAGGGAUGCCGACCUGGUGCACGCUGCUCGUCAAUGAGGGCAGCGGUGUCGUUGUCCCUCUCUAUUUCAUCGAAGAAAAUGUCAAGCACUCAAGACGCCCGUUCUGCGAUUUCUGCCGUUGCGUCGGUUGGAGACAUCAUUUCGUGUCCAAACGGCGAUAUCAUAUCAUGAUUCCGUCUGACAGCGAGUGGGAUAAGCCUCUCAGUGAUAGGAUUUUCAGUCUCCAAAACCAUCUUCUGCACGGAUUGAUUCACUGCAACGGUUUCGGUCACCUGCUCUGCAUCAAUGGCCAUGAAGGCAGAUCGAAAUACAUCCGAGGAAGAGAGAUCAUGGAUCUGUGGGAUCGGAUCUGCACGACACUCCGGACCCGGAAAGUGACGGUCGAGGACAUAUCAACGAAAAGUUCCAUGGAGCUGCGGCUACUCUGUGGUGUGGCCUACGGCCAGCCAUGGUUCGGAAGGUGGGGCUAUAAGUUCUGCCAUGGAACCUUCGGAGUGACAGAACAUAAUUACCAGCAGGCCAUUGAGAUCCUCAGCUCACUCGAUCUUGACAGAGUCAUCGAAGAUUUCAAAGAGGUGGGCCGGGCAAGAGAGAUGGAACGGAUCAUCCUCAGCUAUCAGAAGGCGAGCAAGGCCCAUCUAGAAACCAUCCGUGACCUCCUCCUAUGCAUGCUCGAGCUCAAAUCCCACCUCCCAUUAAAGAACAACACCACAACUACCACGGUUGCUACUACAGCUCGGAAAACCCCAGCGGGCCCCAAGGCUGGGGCGCCCAAGCAGAGCAAGCCAGCAGCACGGGAGAAGAAGAACUGCAUCGAUUUCAGCACAGUAGCAGCCAGCCUGAUGAGCCGAUGGUCCAUCCGGCGAUUAGAACUCACUGCCCAGGUGAUAGUCGAUGCGCUAAAAGAGAAUAGAUCAGGCGGCCACAGUGGGGCCCACGUGUGGAUGACACGUCAGGACGUCCGCGACGCAGCCAGGCUCCACAUAGGUGACACGGGCCUGAUCGACUUUGUGCUCAAGUCCCUCGGCAACUGCAUCGUCGGGGACUGCGUCGUCGUCCGAGCCGCCAACCCAACCACACGGGUGCUCCAGUACACAGUCAAGGACACCACGACCAGCAAUGGCGCAGCUGCCACAGAACCUGUUGCCAAGCUAGACAAACCAGCACUGGGCCCCGCCGAGAGGAUGGACAUAAACCGGGACAUGUUGCACGUGUACAAGCAUGUGCUAGAGCACUACCCAGCCGAGGCAUGGGAGCCAAUGCGGCUAGCCGGACGUGCAAUCCUCCAUAGCAAGCACUUUGUGAAGGCGUGGCCAUUCCAGGAUGCUGAUGACGAGAUGCUGCGGUUCAUGUGCAAGCUGAUGCCCUCAGCUGGGGAGGAGGCUGAGGAGCUGACGCAGCCGCUUCCGCCGCCCGUGCUGGUAGUGGUCCCGCCGCAUGCGACGGUGGGAGAGCUGCGGGCGGCGGGGGAGCAGGCCUUCCGGGACACGUACUGCAUCCUGGAACGGUUCGAGGCGGCCGCGGUGGAGGGAUUGGAAGGCGACGAAGAGGAGCUUCUGUUCGCUGUGGCCCAGUCCGGGGCGACUGUGUGGCUGAGAGGGAGUGGCGUGGACCUGAGGUGCAAGCUGAGGUAUGAGGGUGGGGCCGAUAACUGGACGGUGGAUUGCACGUGCGGGGCGCGGGAUGACGAUGGGGAGCGGAUGGUGGCGUGUGACAUAUGCGAGGUGUGGCAGCACACGAGGUGUGGCGGCAUCGACGAUGCAGCCGCUGUGCCGCCGCUGUUCGUGUGCGCGCGGUGCGGGAGCAUGCUCGCUCCGCAUGGCCAUGAGAUCCUCGGCAAGGUGGCGCUGCCGCCGGAGUACACGUGAGAGGGGUGCCGUGUGCCACAUGUGGGGUGGCAGGUGUGCAUGUGUUGGUGUAAUGGUUUUUUUUUU